UGUUUUAAAUUUCAGGCCACAUGGCAAACAUGUCAAUAGAAACAAAAAAAGGAAGUGAAAAUGCAGAGAAAAUGAAAUGUAGAGAAAAUGAAAAUUGGGUUUUCUCUAUAAAAAUUGAUCAGAGCCAGAAAAUCUUCACAAACCCCAGGGUCCAAGGUUGAUUGAGACCCCAGCUCAGCCAGGCCAGAAGCCUCCUCACGUCCUCAUGGCUCUCCUGCGCCCUCUACUGACUGCUAUGGUGCUGUGCAGCUUUGGACCUGUUGCACCUCUGGGCUGUCACCUGCCUCAGAACUCUCUCCUGCUUAGCAGGAAGACCUUUGAAGUACUGGAGCAAAUGAAGAGAAUCUCCCCUGUCUUGUGUCUGAAGGACAGAAGGGACUUCCAGUUCCCCAGGGAGAUGGUGAAGCUCAGCCAGAUGCAGAAGACCCAGGCUGCGUCUGUCCUCCAGAUGCUGCUGCAGCCCAUCUUCAGUCUCUUCAACACAGAACAAGCCACAGCCGCCUGGAACCCUGCCCUCCUUCGUGAACUCCGCACUGAACUCCUUCUGCAACUGCAGAACCUGAGCACCUGUUUAGUCCAGGUGACCAGAGAGGAAAAGUCGGUGCUGAAAACUGAGGGUCCAGCACUGGCCUUGAGGAGGUAUUUCAAAAGAAUCUUUCUCUACCUGGAAGAGAAACAGUACAGUGACUGUGCCUGGGAAAUUGUUAGACAAGAGAUCACAAGAGCCUACUCUUCAUGA